CGCGAGUUCACGAUCGAGUGCAGUGCUGGCGAUUUAUCGUGAGAAGUCAUCAUCAAAAUUACUUUCACCAACCUGAUUUAAUCCAUAUUCUGUCUUUUUCACUUUGAAUAUGUUUAGGAGAAAGCUGCAAGCCCUGAACUAUCCACAGCCGGAUUGUAAUGUUUGUGAUGAGAAUAUAUGGCGGAAUCUAGUUGAAUGGGUAGAAGAUCAGAAGAUUCGCUUGUAUAAGAUUGAAGAUAGAGCUGCUUUAAGGAACAAGAGCAGCACGCAGUGGCCAAAAGCAUUCAUUAAAUAUAUCCAAGACUUACAAUGUCCAUUGGAUGGCAGUGAUAGAUUGGCAGUGUGUGAUUGGAUCCUUGGUCAUGCCGUUCGAUUGGAGUAUGGAGAAAAGGCACAAAUUUAUAAAGGAAUAGGAGCACCAUCCAAGACCCCUUCAGGACCUAUGGUAGAAGACCCCUUUGCAAGUAUUGAUGUUUCUAGUCCUAAUGUGAAGGCGGGCCUGGUAUCCUUGUGUUCACUACUCAAGAUUCCCAGACACGUGGAUCCUAUUGUGACUUUGGAAGCCAUUGCUCUUCUCAUCAAAGACAGACUCUCCGAUGAUGCACAGGAAGGGGUACUUGAAGAGGGGGUGGAGGUGGACCUCAGCGAAUAUGAAGUAGGAUUUGAUGCAAAAGAUCCAGUUAUGAAUGAUGCCGGGAGGAUUUUACGACUUCUUCACAUCAACGAAUUACGAGACCUUCAAACUAAGAUCAAUGAAACUAUAGUCGCGGUCCAGUCACUGACUGCUAAUCCAAAGACUGAUCAACGGCUUGGAAAAGUAGGACGGUAACGUCUUCUCUGGCUCACAAAGUUAUUUAAUUCACUGUGACUGAUAGGAACAAAAAUAUGGAAAUCAUAUUCUGUAUGGCGAGGGGAUUUCCCUCGCAUUGCACUUGUAAAAACAUAUGUACUUAUAAAGUACUUGCUCUUGUUAUGUGUAGUUUAUUUUUAUUGUGAGUAUUUCCAGUAACAGGAUUCAGGCCUUGAAUUUCAACAUUUUAGGGCAAAUUAGUAAGGACAAGACCGUGGCAAUGAGUAAUUUCUUUUAAAAAGAUUUAGAGUUUAAAUCUAAAUGUACUAUUAGUAUUAAGUGGUUAAUUCAAUUAUAAAUGCAGUUUCAUCUAUUAUUCUUAAGGAACUGCUUGCUUUAAAGGGAGGAAUACCGGUAGUGGUUGAUUUCGUUUUCCAAAACAAAAAUUGCUUUAAUUUUAUUAAAUGAGAGUUACAUGUAUUAUUAUUUUCUUAUUUGUUAUUGUGAUAUUUGAUUUUCUUAUGUAUAUCAUGUUUACUUGUCCAAUUUCAAUGAAAUGCUUCGAGACAUCCACUGAUAUAUGCCUUUGAAAAACAGUAUGUUAUUUAUUUUCAUGAGGAUUAUGUUUCUGCAUUGCAUUUCAUAGUAUAUUUGGGUCCAUUGCUGUGGGUAGUUUCAGUUUAUCAACUCAUUCAAAUGAACCAUUAAAAAAGAAUAACCGUAAUCAAAACUUGAUCUUUGAUCUUAAUAUUAACUGAUGGUAUUUCUCAAAAUUCUUCCAUAAACUAGGGCAUUUUUUAUUAUUUGUAUGUGAAAGCCAUUCUUUUUAUUCCUUUUCAAGAAUUUGCUUCAUCCUUCCCAGUAUUAUUUCAUAACAUUCUGUUGUGAUUUAAAUUUAGUUCCAUCAAUAAUUGUAAAUUGUAGAAGAUGGGUGUGUAAUAUAUUCUUGGUUUAGCAAUGGUGGAGACAUAAAUUUUUACUUAUUAUGCUGCCUUAAUAUUGAUAAAACGGGUUUUAGGCCCCAGCCUAACUUUGAUGGGAUCGUGAGACUUCAUUUGCCCCC